GGGAGGCUCAGAGGGACGCACUUGAUCUCUCCUGAUCUCCCCUGUAGCCUGCCUGAGCUUUCUCGGGAGGGGAAGGACAGAACCCAGCCCAGUAACCAUGUCGAGGGCUGUAAGUUUCAGUUCUCGCUCGGCUGCUCCCCCAGGGGGCUUUAGACAGGUCCGAGUCAGCACUGUCUCCUCGACCCGUGCCUUGGGCGGGGGUGCCAGCUUGGGAAGGGCAGGUGGCUUUGGCAGCUCCAGUCUCUAUAGCCUAGGCUCUGCCAACAAGAGGAUUUCGCUGGGCGCUGGAGGAGGCAGCUCCUACAGCGUCCACUCUGGAUAUGGGCUGGGCGCUGGGUUUGGCGCAGGAGCCGGUGGUGGGUUCACACCUGCCAGCAUCCAAGAGGUGACCAUCAACCAGAGCCUCCUGACGCCCCUCAACGUGCAGAUCGACCCCACCCUCCAGAUGGUCCGUAAAGAGGAGAAGGAGCAGAUCAAGACCCUCAACAACAAAUUCGCCUCCUUCAUCGACAAGGUCCGCUUCCUGGAGCAGCAAAACAAAAUACUGGAGACCAAAUGGAGCCUCCUGCAGGACCAAAAGACCACCCGCAGCAACAUUGCUCCCAUGUUUGAGGCCUACAUCAACAACCUGCGGAGGCAGCUCGACGGGUGGCUGAAUGACAAAGGGCGCCUGGAGGGCGAGUUGAAGAACAUGCAGGAUCUUGUGGAGGAUUUCAGGAACAAGUAUGAAGAUGAAAUCAACAAGCGCACGACAGCAGAGAAUGAGUUUGUCGUUCUUAAAAAGGAUGUCGAUGCUUCCUACAUGAACAAGGUGGAGCUGGAGGCCAAGGUAGAUGCCUUAACCGAUGAGAUCAACUUCCUGAGGUCUCUCUACGAAGCAGAACUUCGUGAACUGCAGGCACAGGUCUCUGACACCUCUGUGGUCCUCACCAUGGACAACAGCCGAAACCUGGAUAUGGACAGCAUCAUCGCUGAGGUCAAAGCGCAGUACGAGGAAAUGGCCAACAAGAGCCGAAUGGAAGCUGAAUCCUGGUACCAAACCAAGUUUGAGACGCUGCAGGCCACUGCGGGGAAACACGGCGAUGAACUGCGCAACACCAAGACCGAGAUCACGGAGAUUAACCGCAUGAUCCACAGACUGCAGGCUGAAAUUGACAACGUGAAAAGCCAGCGUGCCAAGCUGGAGGCAGCCAUUGCUGAGGCUGAGGAACGUGGCGAGAGGGCCAUCAAAGACGCCAUGGCAAAACAGGAGGAGCUGGAGGCUGCCCUGAAUAAAGCCAAGCAGGACAUGGCCCGCCAGCUGCGGGAGUACCAAGAUCUGAUGAACGUCAAGCUGGCCCUGGAUAUCGAGAUCGCCACCUACAGAAAGCUGCUGGAGGGAGAAGAGAGCAGGUUGGCUGGGGACCACGUUGGCAGUGUCAGCAUCUCUGUGGUCAAUUCUAGUGCUGGAGGCGGAUACAGCAGCGCGAGUGGGUAUGGCUUUGGAGGAGGAACUGGCCUGGGAAGCGGAAUGGGCAGCGGGGGACUCUCCUUUUCCUCCGGAGGGAGUCCUGGUGGUAUGAAAGCGUACUCUCUGAGGACGACCUCUUUCAGAAGAAGAAGUGACAGGAACUAAGCUCCAAAAACCAAGCUCAUCACUGCCAGAAUAUGAGUACAAAAAUAAAUAAAUGGCAUAGAAAGACAAAGGUUUUAUUGUCUCCUAACAGCCAAACUGGUUGCAAAAUUGUGCAGUGAUGAAUGAAAUGCCAGUAAGAUACAUCACAGUGCAUGACCCCACCGCAGACAGCCCAGGGCUUGACUCUGCCCCAUUGAGCUUUGCCACCAAGAGCAGGAUCUAGGGUGAAAUUCACCGCUGUGCAGAGGGCAGGAUAAUGCCUACACGUGACUUAAGUCCUACUAUAGCCCUUUGUCUGGCUCUUUGCAUGAAGGUGAAUUUCACCCACCCAAAGGCAAAACCAUUUGAACAUCAAGUUUUUCUAAAUUUCUGCUGGGAUUUUUCAAAUGAGCCCAAGCGAAUAAGGUGCUGAACUCCCUCUGAAUAGGAUUUGGGCACCUAAACCCCCUAGGCUGUUUUGAAAACCCCAGCUCUUAGUUAAGAAUCCAAAAAUGUUUUGUUAAAAAAGAAGUUGGCUUCUUUCUUUCUUUCUUUCUUUCUUUCUUUCUUUCUUUCUUUCUUUCUACAGAAAAAAAUGCAGACAUUUAAAUUUGGCUUUUUAGAAUGCAGAAAUUCACGCACACACAGUGAAGUUUGAAGGGCAUAAAAUUGCCCAAAACUAAAUGUCCAAAAAAUUACUUUAAAUUUUGCAGUACAUUCUUCAGCCUUGGGCCUCUCUUCUGGCCACUCUUUUUUCAAUCUGGUAUGCUGGAUCAAAAAUAAAUAGCUUCCGUUUAUUUCCACCAUUCCAAGAGAAUACAUGGUGCCAUGGCCCAUAAGAGUUUACUUUGUUAUUUCAGUACAAACUGCAUUGACAAUCUUCUUUUAAAAGCGUGCAGAGAGUGGGAAUUAAUUUGUUUCACCACAAAAUGUAAGCAAUACGGUUACUACAUUCUGUUCUCACUUACACUGGUGCAAAUCAGGAGUGACUCCAUAAAAGCCUCUGGAAUUGUAUAGACAUAAAAGUGAGGCAAGUGAGAGGAGAACCAAGCCCAAAGAGUUUAUCUAUGGUAGAAAUAUUUAGGGACUCUUGAAGCUUGUAUUGUCAUUUAUAUGGGUGCAAAGUGCUGUCAAUCAGACAGGUGGUGUUUGACACUCUGCAACUCCUUUGCUUAAUUGUAAAUGAUGACAUAAGUCGCAAACACUGGGAUCUUACUCCAUACACCUUUAAUAUCACAUGCAGCAGACAAUGGACCAGAUACACUUCUGGUGUAAAUCAGCAUAGCAUUGGCUUCAGUGGAGUUAUACACAUUUAUACCGGCUGAAAUUCUGGCCCAAGGAGGGCUUCAGAUUCCUCUCACACACAAAGUGCUAGUCUGUUGACUUCAGCAGAGAUAUGCUUGAUUUUCCUAAGUCUGACUGAAUUCAUUUUCAUCCAAGCACCCAACCCAUCAGCUGGUAUAAAUCGAUGUCACUUUAUUAACUUCAGAGGAGGUGUGCUACUUACUCCAGCUGAGGAUCUGCCACUAAAAGUCUAGUUGUCGUCGCUUUCCGAUGCAGAUUUUUCCCACGCUCUUCCUCUUUUGUUACUCUGCAGUUUAUACAGCGAAUGCCUUGUCUUCCCAGUUCUUUUGUGGUUUUGCUACAACAUGGGUGAUGUCAUUUGGCCCAGAGGGCUUUGUGGCUGCAGUGUAAGAAAGAAUGAAUAAAAAGCUUAUGGGUUGGGAAUUGUAAUGAAGAACAGAGACCUGCUUGACUGUCCCUGAUUGCCAUAAAAGAAGCUGGAGUGCGGCUAGAAAUUGCUCAGAUAUCUUUAGGUUACUAUCAGUGCUAUACUUAUUCUAUCUUUGGGUUCAGAUGCUUAAGAUAGUAAUAGGGCUGGUAUUGAUCUCAUUGACACCAAUACAAUACCACAAUGCCUCCACCAAAGCAUUAGAAAGUAUUAAAAAACUGGCCCGAGGAGUGAGAAUUGUUUCCUUGAUUCUGAGGUCUCUGCCAGAGCUAAGGAAGAUCAUGCUCUGCCCUUGUUUAAGAGGGGGGAUAUGAUAGACUAUAAAAUCAUGAAUGGUGCGGGAAAAGUGAGUAGGGGCGUGUUUUUUGCCCCUUCCCAUAAUACAAAAACUCAGGAUCACCCAGUGAAAUGAAUUGGCAGAAGGUUUAACGCAAACAAGAGCAAAUAGUUUUUCACCCAAUGCACAAUUAUCCUGCACAUUGUAGGGAGAGUGGUCACUUUGGAUAAGCUAUUACCAGCAGGAGAGUGAGUUUGUGUGUGUGGUUUUUGGAGGGGGGUGAGGGAGUGAGAGAACCUGGAUUUGUGCAGGAAAUGGCCCACCUUGAUUAUCAUACACAUUGUGAAGAGAUGUUUCAGAGUAGCAGCCGUGUUAGUCUGUAUUCGCAAAAAGAAAAGGAGUACUUGUAGCACCUUAGAGACUAACCAAUUUAUUUGAGCAUGAGCUUUCGUGAGCUACAGCUCACUUCAUCAGAUGUAUGUAGCUCACGAAAGCUCAUGCUCAAAUAAAUUGGUUAGUCUCUAAGGUGCUACAAGUCCUCCUUUUCUUAUUGUGAAGAGAGUGGUCACUUUGGAUGGGCUAUUACCAGCAGGAGAGUGAGUUUGUGUGUGGGGCGGCGGAGGGUGAGAAAACCUGGAUUUGUGCUGGAAAUGACCCAACUUGAUCACUUUAGAUAAGCUAUUACCAGCAAGACAGUGGGGUGGGAGGAGGUAUUGUUUCAUGGUCUCUGUGUGUAUAUAAUGUCUUCUGCAGUUUCCACGGUAUGCAUCCGAUGAAGUGAGCUGUAGCUCAUGAAAGCUCAUGCUCAAAUAAAUUGGUUAGUCUCUAAGGUGCCACAAGUCCUCCUUUUCUUUUUGCGAAUACAGACUAACACGGCUGUUACUCUGAAACCUGUGGAACUUGUUGCCAGGAGAUGUUGUGAUGGCCAAAAGUGUAACUGGGUUCAACAAAGAGCUAAAGAAGUUAACGGAGGAUAGGUCCAUCCAUGGCUUUUAGCCAAGAUGGUCAGGGAUGCAAUUCCGUGCUUGAGGCAAUCCUAAACCUCUGACUGCCAGAAGCUGGGAGGGGAAAAAGAAAGAGGUGGAUCUGUCCACGUCUGUUCUGUACACUCCCCCUGAAGCUCUGGUACUGGUCACUGUUGCAGACAGGAUACUGGGCUAGGUGUGUUCUUAUUUCAUUACAAUAACUGGCUAUGCCAGUCAAGACAGGUCUUUAGGUUUAAAUGUCUCAUGGAAAUAACUAAUUACCCCAUUCACAUUUGUUGUUGUUGUGACUGUAUGAGAGACAAAACAAAAAUCCCUGCAAAGAAUUUUGUGUUGCAUUAUCAACCAUAUCUUCUCUGCAAUGUAGCUGCGGUUGAAGUUUCCUGAGUUUGUGAUAUGGGAGUGUGCAUCAUGCCUUUAAUAAAGUUAACCCAUUGUAGUCAUUUGCAA